GAAGAAGAAAAAAAAAAUUGAUUGCGAGUGCGAAUUCAUCUUCUUCAACGAGUAGAAAGUAAAAAAAAUUUUCUCUCGUAGUAAAUUUCCCCCCAACAAAUAUUUUAAACAAAAAAAUCUAAAAAAAAAAAAACCUGUCUGCAGUGGUUUUGGGGAAAAUCAUUCCAAUAGUUUUUAAAUAAUUUCGGAUAUAAAAAAUCUUUCUUUUUACAAAAUCAUUAGCAAUUUUUCAAUCGUUGAUUAGAUUUUAAAUAAAAAAAAAAGAAAAAAAAUGGCCCGAGGACAUCAAAAAAUCCAAUCGCAAGCUAAAGCAGCUGAAAAACAGGCCAAAAUGAAGAAGCAACAAGGACACAGUGCAACCGACCAGAAAAAGGCUGCACAAAAAGCACUCGUCCACGUUUGUGCUGUUUGUAAGUCACAAAUGCCUGAUCCAAAAACGUACAAGCAACAUUUUGAAAAUAAACAUCCCAAAAAUGAAAUGCCUGCCGAUCUGAAGGAUGUUGUCUAGAAAUGGCUAAAGCUACAAAAAUAAAACACAACAAGCAAAAAUAUCCUUCUGUCUUAAACAAAACAAAAAAAAAAAAAAAACUAUUUAAUUUCUUAUCUUUUUUUAUUAUUUUGUAUUAAUUAAUAAUUUUUUUGUUUUAUAAAAAGAGAAAAAAAAAUGCAACAAAUAUCCUGAUUUAUAUAUACAAAUGAAAACAAUAAGAAGGAAAAAAAAUAAUAAGAAAUCGUAAAGAAUCGUAUAUAUCUAGUAAAUUUAAGUAUAAACCCAUGGAAGAUGAAAAAAAAAAAAAAAACAGCUACGAAGGAGGAUGAUAUUAUAUUUUAAUUGGUGUUUCUCUUCUUCGAACAAAAUAUAUAAAUAUUAACGAAAUGAUGGCGUGUAUGACGGAUGUGUGUGUACAUUGAAGACUCAACAGCAGCAUUUCUGACUAUUAAUAUAUAAAAAAAAAAUAAAGAAAAACAAAAAAAAAACAAACAAACAAACGACUGCUUUUGCUUUUUGCAAAAGUGAUGAGAAAAAAAAAAUAAAAAAAAUUGUAAUGUAACUCACUUGUGAAUUUUUAAUUUGUAUUUAAAUAAAAAUCUUAAAACAAAA